UUCAUAUCAUCCAUAAUGUACAUGUCGCCAUUCUCACUCGACAUAAAGGGUAGACGGAACAGUUAUGGCAGUGGAAGAAGUAAAAAGGAAAGAGCCCAUCAUUGAACUUGGAGAGAUUCCAAAUCAAACCUCUUAAACAAAGACCUCCUCUCCACAACUCGACAUGUGUCCCACCACCUGUAAAAUGCACUUCCCUCAUUUCCUUACACGUGUCCCCAUCCUCCUCCUCCCAUGGCUACGCUCUGCUCCUCUCUCUCUAUAUAGUGUCCUUCCCCACCUCCUUCUCCAGAAUCACGAAGCCAAAGUUAUCCAGCAAACUAACAUUUAAUCGGUUCCUUUUGUCACAUUGUUACCUAUCAUCCAGAGGCAGAGAAGGAGAGAAGAAAAUGGCGCAAUCAACGGUUGGAAGGAACGUAGCAGCUCCAUUGAUGUUUCUGAACUUGGUCAUGUACGCAAUCGUGUUGGGUUUCGCUAGCUGGUGUUUGAAUCGCUACAUCAACGGCCAGACUUACCAUCCCAGCUUCGGCGGGAACGGGGCGACGGGGUUCUUCCUGACGUUCGCGACACUCGCGGCGGUGCUGGGCAUAGUGUCGAAGGUCCUGGGCGGAAACCACAUCAGGACGUGGAGGAACGACAGCCUGGCGGCGGCUGCUUCGACGGCGAUCCUGGCGUGGGCGGUGACGAUGCUGGCGUUGGGGCUGGCGUGCAAGCAGAUAAACGUGGGAGGGCACAGAGGGUGGAGGCUGAGGGUGCUGGAGGCGUUCGUCAUAAUACUGGGCGUGACUCAGGGUCUGUACGUGAUGCUGCUCCACGCCGGGAUGUUCAGCAGCAGGUACGGGCCGGGAUACAGGGACGAUUACGGCGUCGGCGGUGGAGCGGAGAUGCCGAAAGGUACCGGUACUGCCGGUAUGACCGGGGCGAGGGUUUGAUGUCGUCCCAAGGUGACACACCAAUGUGUUUCUCGAAAGACAUUAGUCUGGCUACUCUUUUUUAUCUGUAGAAUGACUUGAUUUUCAUAUUAAGGUUUGGUUUUGUGUUCGUAGUUGAAAGAAAGAAGUGCAUGUAAUUGGGAUUCCGUUUAGGAAUGUACCUUACUGUUUGUCGAAUAACGAUUAAUGCAGAUACUUUACAAUAAUGAAAGGCUUCCCACUCUUCUUUUAUUAACGAACUCAACUCAACUCAUUUUGAGGCUCCAAAACCUCAACUUGGAGCCUUAGAUGUAUGUGCAUAAGUGGGUUGGUGCCGAAAAACUUACCAACAAAUGGUACUCUGGCAACAAAUUUUGACCCAGGAUCGUCUUUAACAACGAACGCAUAUGACCCAAUAGAACAACAGCAAACGAAGCAAUGACGAACGCAUAUGAUCCAAUAGAACAACAGCAAACGA